ACUAAAAUUUCCGCACUUGGCAACAACACUAUACAGAGGUAAAAACAUUAAUAGUUGUAACAAAAUGUCGAAUUACAGCUACCACUGGGACCAGUAUAAGGGUCACUCAAGUAGUGUAGGUCACAUAAUGCGAAGCACCGCAUCGGAGUACAGAAGGAAGCAUCUACCUUCUCCAAUUCUGAGAGAAUUUCUUGAGCGACAAGAUUACACCAAAGCUCCUAAUGUUAAGAUUCCUCCUGCGGAAAGAUGCUUGCCGUUCUUACCUGCGAGUGCAAAUCUUGCUAAUCAUAAUUCGCAGCAAUCGAAUAUCGUAUCGAGAGAGAAACCGUGUUGUCAGUCGUGUUCAGAUGGGGGACAAUGUGCUGGAAAAUGA